AUGAGUAACAACCGACAUGAGGGACACAAGGGAUUCCCCAUUGGGGCCGUCGGCAACACCGGAAAGCUAGAUUACGUCGAACGCCCCAACAUCGUCCUCCUGCUCGCCGGCACCAACGAUGUGGUCUUCAAAAUCAAUCUGAAAAUUGCGCCAGAGGUGCUGGGCCGCGUCGUUGACGAUAUCGUCUCGGCCUGUCCAGAUGCCGUCGUACUGGUUGCGACACUACCGCCGUUGCUGGAUCGCAACCGCGAAGCACGGAGGGUCGCGUUCAAUGCUGCACUGCCGGCUGUCAUGGAGCAGCGGACGGAGGUUGGGAAACAUGUGCUCCUUGUUGAUUUGGCGACUGUGACUACGCGACACAUCAACGCUACUGAUGGUAUUCAUCCGAUUGAUGAGGGGUAUAGAUUGAUUGCCGAUGCUUGGUAUAAGAGUAUCGUCCAUACUGAUCAGAAGGGUUGGAUCAAGGCUCCCAUUGCAAAGCCCGCUAAUGGUGAAGUUGAUAGAGUAAAACCCACCAUCGAAGCAAGGCCUAUUAUUGCUGGGAGGCCAAUUGUUGCUGGGACCUCUGCUGGUUUCUGGUCUCCGUUUAGGAUGCUUGCAGCGCUGGUUGUGGUGUCUGUUGGCUGUUUUGGGGCCUUCAGAGUAUAUCUCAAAAUAUAA